CAAUUAAUCUUUAAAAGUGCAUUUAAAUGAAUACUAUACCAUUACAAGUUCUAAACUUUUUGUUUUCUUUCUUGCUACAGAAAAAAACGAAGGUGAGAAGAGGAAGAGGAAAUCUUAUUGAAAUUAAUUGAAUUAGUCAAAAUGCUCACUUUUCCUAAUAGUAGUUAUGGUGGCUGCCCACCAGUCGGUAAACAACUGGGACGUGUGAUCCUGCCCCCAGUCUACACCGUUGAUGUCAUACUGGGGUUGCUGGGAAACAUAGUUGCCCUGUGGAUAUUCUGCUUUAAACUGAAGACAUGGAAGCCUAACCACCUGUUCCUCUUCAACCUGGUUUUCGCCGACUUCAUGGCUCUAUUUAGUCUGCCGCUGAGGAUCGAUUCCUUGCUCAGGGGCCACUGGGUGUUUGGAGAUGGCCUGUGUCGGAUCAACCUCUUCCUGAUGUUUACUAACCGCUCGGCCAGCAUUGCGCUCAUGACCGUGGUGGCCAUCUACCGCUACUUUAAGGAUACAAGACAAUGCCAAACACUAACUGGUUGGUUUCCUAGUAGUGUUGAGGCAAUGAUUCCCAACCAGGGGUAGAUUGACCACAGAAGAUACUUCUGCAGUUGCCAGAGGGGUGGUCCACCCUCACCACCGCUUCACCCGCAUGACCAAUCGGCAGGCUGCGUUCGUGUUGGUGUUAGUCUGGCUGUUGGUGAUCAGUCCU